AUGGCUGCGGGUGUCCCUUGUGCGCUGGUUACUAGCUGCUCCUCUACCUUCACCGGAGACCGGCUGGUCCAACAGAUCCUCGGAGUAGAAGAUCUUACUGUGGAAGUGACUUCCAAUGAUGCUGUGAGAUUUUAUCCCUGGACCAUUGAUACUAAAUACUAUUCAGCAGAUAUCAAUCUAUGUGUGGUGCCAAACAAAUUUCUUGUCACUGCAGAGAUUGCAGAGUCUGUCCAAGCAUUUGUGGUUUACUUUGACAGCACACAAAAAUCAGGUCUCGAUAGUGUCUCCUCAUGGCUUCCACUGGCAGAAGCAUGGUUACCUGAGGUGAUGAUCUUGGUCUGUGAUAGAGUAUCUUAAAAUGGUGUAAACCGACAAAAAGCUCAAGAAUGGUGCAUCAAACAUGGCUUUGAAUUAGUAGAACUUAGUCCAGAGGAGUUGCCAGGGGAAGAUAAUGACUUCCCAGAAUCUACAGGAGUAAAGUGAACUGUACAAGCCUUGAAUGCCAAUGUCUGGUCCAAUGUAGUGAUGAAGAAUGACAGGAACCAGGGCUUUAGCCUUCUCAACUCAUUGGCUGGAACAAACCAUAGCAUUGGGUCAACAGAGACCUGUCGCUCAGAGCAGCUCCAUUUGCCAGCAGCAGGUAGGACUGAGUCCCUCUCCGGUCAGCGGGGAGGUGCAUCUAACACAGCAGGCGCUUAGGUCGACAGCAUCGUGGAUCCCAUGUUAGAUCUGGAUAUUCAGGAAUUAGCCAGUCUUACUACUGGAGGAGGAGAUUUGGAGAAUUUUGAAAGACUAUUUUCAAAGUUAAAGGAAAUGAAAGACAAGGCUGCGACGCUUCCUCACGAGCAAAGAAAGCUGCAUGCAGAAAAGGUGACCAAAGCAUUCUGGAUGGCAAUUAGGGGAGACAGAGAUGAAAUUGAAGGCCUUUCAUCUGAUGAAGAACACUAAAUUAUUCUUACUAGGGUUUGACUAACAAAGAUUCUAGC